AUGACAUAUGAUGGCUGUGAUGAAGAUGAACUCCAGCAGACACUCAGAUUCUCACUCUUCAUCUUCUUCUUGGUCAUUCUUCUCGUGUUUCUGGUGGCAGUAAUUUUUACUCACUGCCGGGGGAUUUGUUUCAUCUGGUAUAAAACCACCACAGAAAGACGGAUAGACAACCAACCACAAUCAGUAGAUAAAAAUGAAUACAAAUAUGAUGUAUAUCUGUGCUACAGCAAAAAUUAUUUUGAAUGGGUCCAGAAUUCUUUGCUAAAGCACCUGGACUCACAGUAUUUUGAUAACAACAGAUUUACCUUGUGUUUUGAGGAAAGAGAUUUCAUGCCUGGUGAAGAACAUAUGAAAAAUAUUUGUGAUGCCAUUUGGAACAGCAGGAAAACAAUUUGCAUUGUGACCAGGCAGUUCUCCAAAGAUGUGUGGUGUGUGCAAGCCUCUAAUUUCACCCAGAGCAGGUACUUCUGUGAUCUGAAGGAUGUCCUCACUUUGGUAGUGAUUGAGUCACUCUGUCAGUAACUGAAGAAACACAAAGCAAUUUGAAACUUCCUACAAAGGAAUCAGUAUUUGCAGUGGCCUGAAGAUUAUCAAGAUGUAGAGUGGUUUUUAGAUAACCUUUCUUGCCAAAUUCUGAAAGAAAAAAAAGUUCAAAGGAAAACUGGUGGUAUAGAGCUGCAGCCUGUAGCAACUGUCUCACAUUGA